AUCUCUUCUUAAAACUAUCCAUUCAAUUAUUAUGUCAGGCCUUACUUCUAUUCUUCGAGAAAGUGGUCAUGUUUCUGUGGCAACCAAGCGUGAAUCCACUCCUGUGAAUAUCUACUACGAGAUGUAUGGCUACGGAGAAGAAAAAGUCCUGCUAGUGAUGGGUCUUGCUACACCUUGUCAAGCCUGGGAUAAUCAGAUCAAGUUUCUCACCCAGACCGGCAAGUUCACGGUGCUCAUCAUUGAUAACCGCGGCAUGGGACAUUCUGAUGCACCUGUCGGCCUAUACACGACAAAGCAAAUGGCAGCAGAUGCAAGCGAUAUCCUUGAUCAUUUCGGAUGGACUUCAAACGUGCACAUUAAUGGAGUCUCUAUGGGAGGCAUGAUCUCGCUAGAGCUUGUACACUCUCAACCAGAGCGCUUUGCAUCCCUCACUCUGACUAGCACAACUGCAACACUCAAUAUACCCACAUUGAAAGCUGUUACCACUAUAUCCAAUCUUCUCCUUUUGUCAAACGAGCCAAAGUCCAGAAUUAGUGUCAUAGUUGAACUUCUUUAUCCCAAGGAAUGGCUUGCCAGUAAGCCAUCAGACCCUACUCUUGGAUUCAACACCAAUCGUGAGCUGGCAUCCCAUCGUUUGGUUGAGCAUGCCAAGCUAUCCAAGCUCCAGACACUACAAGGCCACAUUGGUCAACUAUCAGCAUGUAUGCGCCACUAUGUUUCCGACAAGAGACUGCUGUUCAUCCGGAACAAUGGACCACCUGUCUUGAUUAUGACUGGUACUUGGGAUAAUCUUGUGAGACCUCGUUACUCUCACUUAAUGCACAAUGUAUUGGGCGGGCAUCUUGAAGUUUUUAAUGGUAGUGGCCAUGCUCUUCCAGAAGAACAGGUCGACAAGUACAACAAACUCUUUUUUGACCAUAUGAGCGCUGCCACCCAAAACAAAACAGUCGCCUCCAACCUUUAAGGAACAAAGACUACAAGUCUAAAGGAUUUGUUUUAGUGUACUAAAGUUCAACCUUGUCUUUAUGUUUUUGCUAUUAUUACUUGUAUCAAUUGAAAUUCCAUGCCUUUAUACCAAUUCAAUUAGUCCUAUUAUUUUUGAAUCACAAUAAAUUGUAAGUCAUAUAUAUAUAUGUGUGUAUAUAU